AUGGACGGUUCUCUCCAGUCUCAGGACGAUGACGAUCCCCCGCCUGCUAACCCGGCCGAUACCGGCGCUGCAUCCCCUACACAAGAGUAUGAGCAGCAAGCUCAAGCCCACGCCCAAGCCCUGAAGAAGGAGAAGGGCCGCGUGCGUUUCAACAGCAGCGCGGCAGCAAACAAUCCCUUUCUCGACUCGGCUGCUGUCCCUGGAUUAAGCUCUUCGCCGGGCGGUGACCCAACCGUUGUCCAAAAGCCAAAACCAUCCAUUCUCCGUGCCCCGAAACGCCACGAAGUCGUGGAAAGCGAAACCGCAGCUGCGGCUGCGGCCCAGCAGCGAGCCCAAGAGCGAGCCCGACAGGUAGCUGCCAAGGUCAAGCGAGAAUCGGCCCUCGCCACACAAUCGAUACUUCGAUUGACUCCGAUACAGCCGGCACAACGUACAGUGAAGGACUACAUCAUCAAGCUGUGCCGCGCCUUGAUGCUCUUUGGCGCCCCAACUCACCGCCUCGAGGAGUAUCUUAGCACAACUGCCAAUAUCCUUGAGAUAGACGGUCAGUUCCUAUACCUGCCUGGUUGCAUGAUCAUCUCGUUUGACGAUCGUUCAACGCAUACGACCGAGGUGCGGAUCGUUCGUUCGACCCAGGGUAUCGACCUAGGCCGUCUCAAGGAUACGCACCACAUCUACAAAGAGGUCAUUCACGAUGUCAUCGGCGCCGAGGCCGGCUCCAUCAAGCUUGACGACCUCAUGAAGGCCAAAGACAAGUUCCACGCCUGGCUACGCGUCCUAGUUUUCGGUCUCACGAGCGCAACCGCAGCCCCAUUUUCAUUCAGUGCACGCCUCAUCGACCUGCCCCUGGCGUUUUGCUUUGGCUGCCUCGUUGGAACACUGCAGCUCAUUGUUGCCCCCAUGUCAAUGCUGUACAGCAAUGUGCUCGAGGUUAGCGCGACGGUGCUCGUCAGCUUUUUGGCGCGUGCUUUUGGAAGCAUCAGGGGCGGCGAUCUGUUCUGCUUUUCUGCGCUCGCCCAGAGCGGUAUUGUCAUGCUGCUGCCGGGCUAUGCGGUCCUGUGCUCAGCUCUUGAGUUGCAGUCCCGGGCUAUUGUACCUGGGUCUAUUCGAAUCGUUUACGCUGUCAUCUACUCGUUGUUCCUAGGCUUUGGGAUCACUGUGGGUGCUGCGCUCUACGGUAUUCUCGAUGACAACGCCACCUCCGAGACCACCUGUCGCAAUCCCAUUGAUAGCUACUACAGCUUCAUCUUCGUGCCGCUGUUUGUCGUUUGCAUCAGCAUGUUGUAUCAAGCCAAGUGGAAGCAGAUGCCUGUCAUGGUGGUGGUUGCUUCUGCUGGUUAUAUCGUCAAUUUCUUUUCCGGCAGGCGCUUCGUCGCUGCACCACAGAUUGCCAAUACUCUAGGUGCGCUUGCAGUUGGCGUUCUCGCCAAUCUGUACUCACGCAUUCGCCAUGGCGUCGCCGCCGCCACGCUCAUUCCAGCCAUCUUUACGCAGGUGCCUGGAGGCCUCGCAUCCACUGGCGGCCUUCUCAGCGGCCUCAGCACCGCCAACAUGAUCACUAACUCGUCCCAUGAGGUCAAUGGUACUGGCUCUGUCCAGUACAGCCAGGGCGAGCCCAUCAACACCGUGGUCUUCAACGUUGCGGCAUCCAUGAUCCAGAUUGCCAUCGGAAUUGCCGUGGGACUGUUCAUCAGCGCCUUGAUCAUUUACCCCCUCGGCAAGCGACGCAGCGGUCUUUUCAGCUUCUGA